AUGGAAGGAGAUGAAUCAAUAAUGCUCUGUAGAGAUGAGAUUUUGAGCAGCUUAUCUUCCAUAAGAUCGUUCAUGGAGGAGAUUUUGAGUUUGAAUAAUAUGAGUUUGAAUAGAAUGCCAUUGAUGGUAGAAACACUACAGGAGAAUACAGAAAUUCUAAGGGAGAGUGCAGAAACUCUAAGGGAGAGUACAGAAAAUCUGAGGAAGAGUAUAGAGGCAUUUAAAGAAGCAAUGAUGGUCAUAUUAAGGAAGAAGGCGAUAGUUGAUGAUGACCACCAUGAUGGAUCCUUAUGCUCAAUUUGCAAAGAAGACAUGGCAACUGGAACUAUAAUUGUUCAAUUGCCUUGCUCUCAUAAAUUCCAUAAGACUUGUAUUAUGGAGUGGUUGAAAAGGAAGGGGACAUGCCAGAAGUGGGCAUGUCCCUUCUGUCGAUUCAGAGAGGUUCAGAUUCAAAAUAUGGAAGGAGAUGAAUCAAGGAUGCUUAAUAGGGAUGAGUUUUUGAGAGAGUAUGGAAAAUCUGAUGAAGAGUACAGAAAAUCUGAAGAAGACUACAGAGGCACUUAA